AACCGUGACGGCGUGACCAGUAAACAAAAAGUUUAAAGCGCGCCUCAGGUGCAGCCUUUGUGACCUCUAUAUUAAGUUAUUGAUUGACUAUUCUGAUUGGCUACCCGGUUUACAUACGUCACUCUUUCAGCUUUAUUUCACUUAAAUCACAUUGAUACUGUACAUUAACUACACCGUGAACUUUUCAACUACGCAGAUUUACAAAGUAGCUAUAUUCAUUUAUUAAUCAUUUAAGACAGACACUUUCAUGAAUAAAAUUAUUUUGAUAAGCUGACAACCGAGUUGAAUUUAUAUUUAAGUCUGAAAUAUAUGCGCAUUGUUAUUGUUGAAAAUUCGUUUGUAUUUGGACCCUUCAAGAUGGAUUUUAAACAACUGUUGCAGGCGUUUUUGAUAAUAUAUACAAUAAAGGGAUGCAAUAGUACUAUAAGUCUCAACUUUUGCUCAGACAUGUCAGUUAAAGAUUAUUUUGACAAUACUUCCAAAGAUACUGCACUGAAAUUAGAUGGAUCUUACGCGGCAAUUACCAAUACUGAACGUGGAACAUGCACUUGUAUCGUUACACCAGAUGCACCCGUUCCAGACAAAUUGCACGUUGAGCACGUGUAUGAUACAAAGUCAUCUGAUAAUAACGCCUGCAACAAGAAUGUCGAAGUAAGGCAUGGAAACGGCGAGUUGGAACAUUUAUUUAGUUGCUACUCUAACACAAUCGAAAUACAGAGCGACGAUUUAGACGAAGGUAUUCGAUUCAAACUAAAUUGGUUUGGAAACCCUGGGACCUCAGAUAUGCUUCACAUGUACAUUGCACCAGAAUCUGGAACGGUUUUAAAAGUGACAUGUUUUCCGCCCUUGAUAAGUACAACGGCAGCAGGGAUCAAUGGAACUAAUGGUUCAACAGUGAAGCCAUCGACGACUGUUAAAACGUUUGUAACGGGAGAAUCAACUGAUUCAUUGGUUGUUGUUGGUGUGAUAAUUGGCCUCGGAUUAAUCUUCCUAUUAUUUAUCUCGUGCAUGCUGUUCUUCAUAGCAAGACGUAAAAUUCGCAGUGGAGAGAUGGAAGAAAAGCAUAGAGGAAGCGACCAAUUACCCUCCCAGCACAAGAACACAAUAAAUAGAACACUGACACAUCUGUAUGAUAAGAUGAGAGCAAACAGACCGUUACCAAGCAUACCAUCAUCAUUCCGAAAUAUUCAUCCCUUCAAGUCUAGGCAACAGAACCGAUCCGGAAUGUAUGCCAGUAUUAAAUCAAACAACAGUAACGCUAGACAAGUUCUCGACAAGCAACUUUCCGAAUCAUCAGAUUGCUCUUACCUUGAACCAAUCAAAAUAACGACAAUUAGUGAAACUGUCAAUAUUAAACCGAAAGAAUUGAACAAAAGCAAAGUAACAGAUGUUUCACCGUUUGAAACAACAAAGGAGAGAUUAGAAAUGAAAAUAAAAAGAAACAGGAAGCGGUCUGCAAAUGAUUUGUAUAUACAUCCUCAAUACGAGGUACAAAUGGACAGUGAACAUAAGAACAGCAUUGAUGAGCCUGAUGAAAACGAUAGCAAGCAGUCCAAGCAAAUGUAUGUGAAUCAUCGAGACGUCCAUGCGUUUCGUGAAAAUCCACAUGAUCAAGGUACACCAAGAGGUGCUACAAAUGAUACAGAAAUUACAACGUGUUGUCCAGGUUACAUGACGUUGGGUUCAAACUCUUGCGAAGACACUGAUCAAGAUAAAAAUGAAAAAGAAAACAUUGACAAUAUUAACAACAGUAAAAACACGUUGAUAGAAACGGACAGCAGUGGAUAUAUGCCAAUGAGUGCAGUUAGUAAGAUAAACAAGAAACCAGUGUUAGAACAAAAUGAUAGUAUAUUCCCUCAGUUGAUCGGUUUCACUUCUCCUUAUGAUGCUGACAACAAAGAAAGUCAAAAUGAAGAAAAGCAUAUUGUUAAAACUAAGCGAUAUGUUAAAAAUACGAAGUGAAUGAGGAAAGGAAAACCUUCAUUUGUAUUUUGUUUGUUAUUUAUUUGUUUAUAUAAAUAAAACAGAAUUAUUA